AUGGAGAGCAAGGACGAGGUCAGCGACACGGACAGCGGCGUCAUCCUGCAGUCAGGCCCGGACAGCCCGGUGUCCCCGCUGAAGGAGCUGACCCACGCCGUGCGCCGGCAGCAGCGGGCCCUGGAGCAGCGGCUGGAGGCCUGCCUGGAGGAGCUGAGGCGGCUGUGCCUGCGGGAGGCGGAGCUGACGGGCGUCCUGCCGGCCGAGUACCCCCUCAAACCUGGGGAGACAGCCCCCAAGGUCCGGCGCAGGAUCGGGGCUGUGUACAAGCUGGACGAGCAGGCCCUGCUAGGGGAGGACCCCCUGAGCAGCCUGGAGCAGGAGCUGGCCCUGCAGCUGCAGAUCGCCGAGGCCUCGCGGCGCCUGAGCCGGGAGGAGAAGCUGAGCCGGCAGGCCCGGCGGCAGCGCAGGCACGCGGUGCUGAGGGAGGAGGAGAAGCUGCGGGCGCUGGAGCGCUGCCUGGGCGAGCAGCGGCGCCACCGGGGCUCCCUGCCGCCCGCCGGCCUGCCGCUGGGCCGAGAACUCAGUGUCUCGGACGACAGCUCGCUCUCCGAUGGGCUGCUCCUGGAGGAAGAGGAAGCCCAGGCACCCAAGCCGGCCCCGGCGUCCGAGGCCCCGAGCCCCGAGGGGCCGCCGCCCGCCGGCCCUGAGCCCGGCGCCCUGGACCCCGCGCCCAUCCAGAACGGCCCCUGGAAGGAGACCAGCCUGGACCAGCCCUACGAGAAGCCGGCCAAGUCCUCGGACCCCAGCAGCGAGUCCAGCAGCACGGCCUCCACGCCCCAGGACGGGCCCAGCACCCCAGGCCUGUGGCUGCCCGAGCCCCCCUCCUUCCCGGGGGGCCCCGUCCGCGGAGUCCCGGGGCCCAGGCAGGGCCGAGCCAGCGCCCCCGCCACCCCCACCACUCCCACCGCGCAGGGCAGGCGAGGCCAGGCGCCGGCGCUGAGGAUGGACUCCUUCCGGGCAGGCCCCCGCCGCCGCCCCACGCACUACACGGUGACCGUGCCCAGCUCCUGCUGGCCGCCGAGCGGCCCCCCGCGGCCGCCCCCCGCCCCCCACUCCUGCUCGGAGGACAGCGGCUCUGACGGCUCCUCCAGCGUGUCCCACGCCACCUCCCCCGGCAGCAGCAGCCCGGACCUGUACAGCCUGAGGCCGCUGUCCCCGCCCGGGACCCCGGGCCGCCGCGGGGGCUGGGCCCCGGCCGCCCCCCGCCCGAACCUGCUGCUGCCGCCGCCCCCCGGGCCCCCCUUCCCGGCCGCGCCCCCCUUCCCGGCCGGCCGCUACGUGCUGGUGGCCGAGGGCCGCCUGCCCCCGGGCGGCGGCGGGGAGCCGGACCUGGGGGCCCCCGAGGAGGAGGAGGGGGGGCUGGCCCUGCGCCUGCAGCAGCUGCAGCAGCUGCAGCAGCACCUGCGCCCGCGGGGCCGCCUGGCCCGGGCGCCCUCGCUCAAGGACAGCCCCGCCGGCCGGGCCCUGUGCCGCGCGGCCGUCACCCAGGAGCUGCAGUCCUGGCAGGAGCGCGUCCGCAUGCGGGGGGCCCGCCCCCAGUCCCUGGACCGCCAGGGCGCCUUCCGCGUGCGCAGCCUGCCCCCCGGGCGCGGCCUGGGGCCCCGGGCGCAGGUGCCCACGGUGUGCGUGCUGCGCCGGUCGCCGGAGGGGGCCCCCGUGCAAGUGUUUGUGCCGGAGAACGGGGAGAUCAUCAGCCAGGUGUAG